AGGUAGCGGACGCUUUUCCAAGGUGGACAGACUGUGUGGUUUUGGUUUCCAGUCCUGAGUUCCAGUUUUGGUGUACAGUUUUGGUUUCCAGUUUGGUUUCCAGUUCUGAAUUCCGGUUCUGAAUGCCCGUUCUGAAUUCCAGCUUUGGUUUCCAGUUCUGGUUUCCAGUUCUGUAUUCCAGUUUUGGUUUCCAGUUUGGUUUCCAGUUCUGAAUUCCAGUUUUGGUUCCAGUUCUGGUUUCCAGUUCCGAAUUCCAGUUUUGGUUUCCAGUUUGGUUUUCAGUUCUGAAUUCCGGUUCUGGUUUUCAGUUCUGAAUUCCCGUUCUGGUUUCCAGUUCUGAAUUCCCGUUCUGGUUUCCAGCUCUGAAUUCCAGUUUUGAUUCCAGUUCUGGUCUCUAGUUCUGAAUUCCAGUUUUGGUUACAGUUCUGAAUUACAUUUUUGGUUUCCAGUUCCAGUUUCCAGUUAUGGUGGAUCAAGAUACAAAGGUCAUGUUAAUACUGCACUGGAUUAAUCGAACAAGUAGAAAAAAUAUGGAUUCCAGAAAAAGUGCAGCAAGAACCUGUGCUGGAACGAGGCCAAAAUAUUCCACGACGAAAACAACAUCGACGUUUUUCACUGGAACUCGACGACCUGGAAAGACAAGAGCAUUCUUAGCUGGGGUGGACACUCUGGGUCCCAGAGCAGUGACACAGUACAUGAUCAUGAUGUUUCCAGGUCAAACCCUUGAAUUUCUGUCGACAUCUAAAACUGACUUGGUCUCAGACUCCAAAACCUUCGUCAGAAGAAGGCACUGAAGCUCCAGAGAACAUCCCGAGACUCCUUCAGGAUUCAAGGAUUUCCCAGACGCUCACCAGGAACAUCAUUUUAAUUUUAAAGAGAAUCUAUUGUAAACAUCUUUCUAGGAACCUAGAGAGGUGGACUGGCUUGAAAAAAAAAAAAACAGCGCUUUCGGGAGUGGCACUUGACGUCAAAAUUGGCCCCUUGUCUUACGAAGACGCUUAUUCAUCUUGACGAUUCUUAACUCUUUCUUUAGUUUAUUUAGCUAUAUCUUUAGUACAGUAACUGUGUCAUUAAAAUAAUUAAAACCUAAGUUAAGUAGCUAAGUCGUUAGCUGAGCAGGUUACUAAUUGGCGAGAAAAAAACUUCAAUAUUAAAGUAAUGGUUCUCCCGACAGCGCCACGAGCCACAGUUUUUGUUAUUGUCCGUUUCUCAACUUCUGUUUGUGUACAUGGAAACAACUCCUCUCCCUGUUUUCUGUAUCUUUCUCCCUCUCUGCCCUCGAGAGUCGAGUGGCUCGCCCUCUUCAUCUGAAUCCUCUCCCUAUUACCUCAUUCACUUCUUGUAACUCUCUCUCUCUUUCCACAUUGGCUUCAUUAUCACGCCCAUCAGCCAUUAUCAUCAUCAAACCUUUUAUUUCAUCGAAAGAAUAACCUCCACAAAGGACUAACGCCGAAAUGCCUCUUUUUUAUUCUCUCCCUCCCCAUUGGCUAUUCCACCUUCCUUCCCCCAAUCCGCAGUUCCAGAUACCACGCCCGGACCGCCCACGGAGCCUCCAGUGAUUCUACCCACUCUGCCACCCUACGACCCGUCCUACCCGGCGACAUCGGACUACUACUGGGGUACCAUUCAGAACAACAUGUCAGACUCCAGCGGGAAGGAAGAUAACUACGCCACGACAGACGGGCCUUUCGGGUUUGGGUACUCCGUGAGCCUUUCCUCCGCCAAAAAACAGUGUAUGAUCCACGAAAACUAUCGAGUGGGUACUGAAAACUGCACUCAGAAUCCUAAAGAAUGCACGGCAGGAUUCAGCGUCAGUGUGUGGGAGAAGACCAUCGUUGCGGCUGACCAGUUUGGGGAGUCCGUUAACUUCACGGUAAAUGACCACAAGUACAUCAUAUCCACAGGCGGUGAUGACACGGGUCAUCCAGGCAUUGCCAUCUACCACAAGGGAUUCUGGCUUGGGGCUGUCGUGUCAACAGGCGACCAGUACUGGAAAGUGGAGGUUGCUGGAAUUGCACCCAACAACACCUGGAGUAACAUCGCCAUUCGGUGGGAGCAGCCAACCACCACUGGAGAGAAAGGGCUGGAGCUUUUUGUAGACCUGAAGAAAGUGGGGCAACGCGUUUUUGGGACCCCUGCAACGAAACUGCCACCCUUAGACCCAGCGUUAGUGAUGAUCGGUUGCCACAAGACUUCUUCCAACACAACUUACACUGGAUACAAUGAUGCUCAGUUUGAUGAGGUAGCCAUGUGGAAGAGAAGGUUGCCGGACAACGAGACGAAUUUCUUCUUCGGCGGGUUUGAGGCCAAUUUCUCCGACGUGGACGUCGAAAAAUUCAGCCAGAUGAUGAAAAAUGUGGACCUCACCGACGUCAACCAGCAGGCCUCAGCUGUGGAGAUCUUAAAGAAAAUGACGGCAGAGGAGCCGAUCCCUUCAGUAGCCCCAGCGCCAACCUCUUCGUCUUCUUCUUCAUCGACUUCAUCGUCCUCUUCCACAGCAGUGCAGUCCACCGCCUCGAGCCCCACAGCUUCGUCUGGUACAGUGGCGCCACCCAGUGUGAAGGACUUAGCCAGACACGCCAGCCUUUUGGCGAUCAUGGAGAAAAUGACGGCCAAUACCUCCAUUCCCAAGGCGAUUAAUCGUAAGGACCACGAAAAAAUGCUGGACAUAUUGGAUUCCAUGAGCAACCUGUUCCUCCCUUCAUCCUUUGAGAAAUGGAAGGAGCUCCAGAAAGAUAAGCCAGGUUCGACUAAGGUCAUCGGUGACCUCGAGAAUUGGAUGAUGGGAGUGUCAAAGGCUGUCGCUUUCCCAAAUGGAUCAGAACCGUACAAAUUCACGAAGACUACUGACACCAUACUUGCCGAGACCUACAAGAUCACAUCAGGGGAACUGCAGGCCAACAGGGACUUCUACGAGUUUCCAGAGUACAAGUUGCUGCCAGACAUCCGGAAGAAGUGGGAUCUGCCAUACGACAGGGCGGCUAUCCCAACCAGACUCUUCGACGACAGCCGCUGUGAUUCUCGGCCCGUGAACAUCAUAUCAAUGCUCUACAACAACUACGACGAUGUGGUUCCCACAAGAGUGAACAGAGCUACGAUGGACAAGUACCUGGACCACAGGCUUGACUCACGGAUCAUGUCGGUGAGGGCAGAGACCAACCCUGUCCUGAACAAGUACAAGAUGGUGGACUCAAGGGCCCCGCCCUGCGUCCCGACCCUGGGAAAAGACAACCCGAUUCGCCUGAAGUUCGAACACAACUUGAAGCAGUACGCUGUCAGGCAACUCAGGUUCCAUGACAACGAGACUGUGUACGAGAUAAACCAACGCAUCUGCGCCUGGUACAACCCUGCAAUUGGCGACUACGGCGCCUGGGAUAGAACUGGGUGCAAGAUCUUGGUCACGACCCAAGACUACACAAAAUGCGCUUGCGAGCACUUUGGCACCUUUGCUAUCGUCGCUGAAGAGGUCGAACCGAGGGAAGUUCCCCCAGAGCAGUUGUGGCUUACCAUCAUCAAGUAUAUCGGUUACAUCCUCUCUUUCAUAGCUCUGCUGAUCUACAUAAUCACCAUCCUGGUGUCUGGAGAUCUGAAGGACAUGUUCCACCUCAUCGGUCUAAACCUGGCCUUCGCUGUGUUCUUCGGUUCCAUCUUCAUGCUGGUCAGCGACAUGGAGUCGGUGAGGGAUGACCGCCACACUUGCACCGCCAUAGGCACGCUCCUCCACGUGUGCUACCUGGGCGCGGGAGCUUGGAUAUUCGUCCUGGGACACGCCUCGUUCAAAGCCAUUACAGCAGGCCUGAUCAGUGGCCGCCUCCGAGCCUAUUUCUUCCUGGCCUGGAGUGUACCUCUAGUGUCGAUGGGUCUGACCUUCCUCCUCUUCUUCCACGAACUUGGACUGGAUCCCCGCUGCUUCAUGUCUUGGACCAACGAGCCCAAGUACUGCUUCUUCGCGCCACAGAUGUUCUUCUGCGCCGUUGCUUUCGUCUUCGGCUGCAUAGUCAUUUGCAACAUGUCUACGCCUGCUUUAAGGAAGGACAACCUCAUAGACGAUUACGGCUCCUUCUGCUACGGGGCAGCCUUCGUCAUGAUAUUCUUCGCCAUCACCUGGACGUUCGGGUUGCUCACGUAUGUGAAUUUCCACUUCAGGCACCUGAGCUUUUACCCUAUCUUCCAGGUCUUCAAUUCGUGGACGGGGUUAAUCAUCCUCCUGUUCAUAGGGUUCGCCUCGAAACGAUUUAGAAUGGUAAUGGCCGGGCAAGCUAAACUAAGGCGUGAAAUGCUAUUCGGGAACGCCUUCGGCACGCCCGCCGUGCCCAUAGAAGAACGCCAGCAUCUGAAGUCGCCGGCGGACCAAAGGGGCAAAAGCGCCACGCCCCCUAACAGCGGGAGGUCCUCUCCUGUGAGGCCGUCAUCAGUAGGAGCGGAGUUCCCAAAUAGGCCCCCCUCCAAGGGAACGGUGGCUGGACGUCCCGGGUCACGACCACACUCAGGCUUCUAAAGCACUUGAUUAAGAGCCUGGAUUAUUAAGUGGAAUUAUCAAAUGGAAUUAUCGUAGUGCAGAGAAUUAUUAUAUGAGUAUAACCGGAGACUUGGAAUUAUUGAGUACGGAAAGCAGCGUGUGGAUUUCAGUUGACGAAUGGCACCACAAUACCAAGUGAUUUUAUUUUUCUUAUUAUCGUAGCCACAUGAUUUUUCACGCUAGAAAACUCCAGCAGUUAGUGCAGUGGUCCAACACUCUAGUUUAAGACUCGUUAGGCCUAUAUAGCAUCUUUUGGCAUUGUUUACCUCACUCUCUAUAGCUCUCGAAACCAUCUCUCUUUCUUUCUCUCUCUCUCUCUCUUUUUCAGUCUAAGAAGGAACUCUACUCAUAGAUGCAAGGGGGGCGGGGAGUUGGUAAUGAAAAAUUUAAGAACCACUGAGCUGUAGUGUCUUGUAAUUUUAAAACAACUGACGAUCACUAGGUGAUUAAGUUUGCUGGCAAAUCCACUUCUUAAGAUCUUGGAACAGGAUUGGAAUCAGCGAAGAUAUCUUGGAAUUGGGGAUUAAGUACAAAAAAUAAUAUAUCGGAGCAGAAUGUAUUUAAUGCGUGAAAACAUUGUUGUGUCAAUAAUUUACCCUUUCAUUCACUGAGUUGAAUUCAUUUGAGCAAUAUUACUGUUCCGCAUUCAAAAUUGAUUCGAUGAUUUAUAAAGAAAUCUAUUAACCUUGUGCAUUAUGAACAUUAUGUAGUAUAAACUCCAUUAUGACCUAAUGGUUUCGAAAACCUUCACACAUAUAUGUUAAAAGAAUUUACGCAGUUGAAAAUAAAGAGAUAUUCUCUGUG